AUGACGGAGGAGGAGGAAGAGCAGCGCGAUUGGAAGCAUCUCCCCGGCGAGCUUCUGGACACAAUCAUUUGCCGUCUAACCAAACUAUCCGACUUGAUCCAUUUCCAAGCCGUUUGCAAGCCGUGGAGACGAACACCCCCAAAGCUCCGCCAAACACUGCCGUGGCUAGUCUCGUCGUCUCACGGUAGUGCGUGCCACCGAUUCACCGACGUGACGGCGAGAAACGACAAGUGGCGGCAGAUCGAUCUAGCCGCCGGAGACGCCGUGGAGGUUCAAUCUCACGGCUCGGCGCUCGGAUGGAUGCUCCUGGAAGAACGCCGGCGGAAGCCGGAAAGAUCUUGCGCUCUGUGCUUGAUGAACCCUUUCACGAGAAACCAGAUCCACCUCCCGGCAAAAACAGGGCGGCAGCCGGAAAGAUCUUGCGCUCUGUGCUUGAUGAACCCUUUCACGAGAAACAAGAUCUACCUCCCGGGGAAAACAGGGCAGGGCGAGUACCUCCUCGAUGUCGAUUGCCCAAUUCCGAUGAUCUCAUCCAUAAAAGGGUUUGCAAUGUCGGAUGAGGUAGCAGCAGAGGGAUAUGUCGUGAUCGUAUUGUGCUCUACGAACUCCGGCCACGGUGGCCUAGCAUUCUGCAAGCUCGGAGCAGGAGGAGCCAAUCGACGACGACUGUGGUCGUUCAUCACUCUCAACCCCUCAGAGGAUCGAAAAUUCGAUUUGGGCCGAUCGGAAAUCGCAUUUUCUUCCCAGGAAGGGAUUCUUUACGUGCUCUGUCCAGAUGAUGGAAGGGUUUUCGCCUGUGAUCUUGUCGACCAACAGCCCGUGCUUUCCUUGGUUUUUCACCCUGCGAAUUCUGCUCCUCUGUUUCGCCGCUCUGGAACCUGCUGCUACCGCUUGGUUGAAAGUCCGGAGGGAGAGCUGAUGCUUCUGAUCAGAACCACGGAGGCGGGAUGGACGGACAAUGAUCUUCUGGUGGUCGGAUUCAGUAUUUACCAGAUGAGUGAAGAUGAAGGGAGAUGGGAAGAGAUGAGAGACAUAGGUGAGUAUGCUCUGUUUUUUGAUUCGUGCAAGGCUAUCUACGUCUCUGUCAAAGAUCAUCCCGAGUGCGUAAGGAAUUGUGUUUACGAGAGGGAGAACAUAAACCGUCUCAGUUGUGGGCGACUUACUUGCCAUCGUUUAGAAAACAAUGUCCAUGGUGGGGAUUGUUGGAUUUUGCCAUCGAAUUAUUAA